UCUCCUGGACAGUGGAAAACAGAGUAUUAUUCAGCUGGGAGUGGGGUUGCUGGCACGAAACUGGCAUCCAGCCUCCCUCAGCCAUUGGGACAGCGGGAAUUAGUGUAACUGUGAGUCAUCAAAAUACUACCCAAAAAGAAGAAGAGGAGGAGGAUGAGCCAGCUUGGCGGUUUUGCAGGCAGAGUGUCCCACUAUGCUGUACAAAUGACUGGCUGUGAUUCGCCUGCUCAUAGAGAUUCUGCAACAGGAGGUCUGCAGCCUUCCAGCUCCAAGUAGGAAAUCUGUCCAGCAAAGAGCACAGAUGCAGAAGUACCUUCCUCAGGCCUCUUUCAAGGCUGUGACCAACAUUUGUUAAUAAUUUCACAUCCUAGGGCCAAUUGGCACGACCCUGAGGUUCUCACGGCUUCAGCAACUUUGCUCUAUAUAUCUCAAGAUCAUGAAGUCUGUCGCUGAGGACUAUAACAGAGUGAACUGAAGCACCAUCCUUACAGCUUCUUGUCAUUCUACCUCUCCAAAGUGCCAGGAAUGAAAAGGACACAAAUGAAUCCAUUUGUGCAAAGAACGUAUUCAUGGCAUUUGUGACCCAACUUCCCAGUGAGAGAGAUUUAAAUAAACACAAUUUUGGAUGUCAAUGACCUUUCUAUGAAUCCAAACUCCCCCCUCACUUAGCAGCCCAAAACGUUCUGUGGUUUGAUGGCUGUUUCUAUGAAAAUCCAACAGAAACCAGGAAAUCAAUCUUGGGCUGAUUAUUUAAUAUUCUAGCAUCUAACAUCAUCAAGCUAAGUAUGGAGAAAGACAAUGACAAUGACAAUGUCCUGAAGAUGGCCUUGAAAAUCUAGAUGGCAAUGUAUAUUAAAUGAAGAAUAUAUCUAAUUGGAAUAGAUGCCAAGAAAGACAUGCAGUUUUUCAAAUAUGCGUCCCAGUGUAGGCUUCCCUGCCUCUGCAUUUGUAAAACAAGGUUCAGAUUUCCAGUUUGUUUUUUCAACAAUGUGGAACUAAAGUUUCUUGCAACACUAUCAAAUAUUUGAGCUCCGCUCUUUCAAGGAAAGGGCAGAGUGAAGCAGAAAGACAUUAGAUGAACAUUAACCAGCGUCGAUGAUGGGAAUGAGCUCUGGCAAUAUCUCUGACUGGUUAAAUGGCACCCAGCCUGUGGAGACAGUGAAUAUUUCUAAGGCUAUAUUAUUAGGGGUGAUCUUUGGGGGGUUGAUUGUUUUUGGGGUCCUGGGCAACAUUCUGGUUAUUCUUUCAGUAGCCUGCCACAAGCACCUGCAGAGCGUCACCCACUACUAUAUUAUCAACUUGGCUGUGGCUGACCUCCUCUUGACUUCCACCGUUCUCCCUUUCUCUGCUAUCUUUGAGAUUUUGGGCUACUGGGUUUUUGGGAGGAUCUUCUGCAACAUCUGGGCAGCUGUCGACGUUCUGUGCUGCACAGCUUCCAUCAUGAGUCUUUGUGUCAUCUCGAUAGACCGAUACAUUGGGGUGAGCUACCCAUUACGGUAUCCAGCCAUCGUGACAGAAAAGAGGGGUCUCCUCACUCUGUUGUGUGUCUGGGCACUGUCUCUUGUUAUAUCCAUUGGACCCCUCUUUGGCUGGAGGCCCCCACCUCCAGAGGAUGAAAAGGUUUGCAAUAUCAACACAGACCGUGCUUACGUGUUGUUCUCUGCACUUGGUUCCUUCUACAUCCCCUUGAUCAUCAUAUUAGUGAUGUACUGCCGAGUAUACAUAGUGGCCCGAAGGGAAAGUAAAGGACUUUCCUGUGGUCUCAAGACUGAGAAGUCCCAUUCGGAAGAAGUGACCCUUCGCAUACAUUGCAAAAACACAGAAAACAGUGGAAUUACAUCCAGCACUAAGAACAAAUCCAAUUUCUCCGUGAGGCUCUUGAAGUUCUCCAGGGAGAAGAAAGCAGCCAAGAGCCUUGGGAUAGUUGUGGGAUGCUUCAUCCUCUGCUGGCUCCCUUUCUUUUUAAUUAUGCCUAUUGGUUCCUUCUUUCCUUCUAGCAAGCCCUCAGACACCAUUUUCAAAAUUGCAUUUUGGCUUGGAUACCUCAACAGCUGCAUCAACCCCAUCAUCUACCCUUGUUCGAGCCAAGAGUUUAAGAAGGCAUUCCAAAAUGUCCUGCGAGCACAGUGUCUCCCACGGAGAUAUGCCACCAACAAAUAUUCCCGCAGUUUCAACCUCAACCAUCCAAGCAAUCACAUUGCAGAGGCUCCAAAGGAUGUUGUCCGCAUUCCCGUUGGGUCCGGGGAAACCUUCUACAAGAUCUCCAAGUCGGAUGGUGUCUGUGAGUGGAAGCUCUUCUCGGCCAUGCAAAGCAUGUCCACCAAGAGUACUGCCUCUAGAGACAAGUCCAGCUGCACCACCGCCAAAGUGAAGAGCAAGGGUUUCCUGAGGGUAUGCUGCUGUGCGGACCCAUCAGGAAACACCAUCCAGAAGGACCAGAAAGUACCCACCAUCAAAAUCCACACCAUCUCCAUCAGCGAUAAUGGGGAGGAUGUCUAGAUCCAGCCAUCCAUUUGGUGGGACUGGCAGAACUGUAUAACACUUCAGUCCUUGCAACCUAGGUUAACGUUUUUAACAGGGGAAUAAAGAAGGGAGGUGUGAACAGGGAAAGGAUGCUGAAGUGAGGGCAGUGGCAGAUGGCCCAGGAGCUGGAAUCGAAUCUUGUGAAGUGGAAGUCACUGGCAAAAUUUGAUCCAAGGUGAUUUAAAUCCUAUUGGGACCUGAGAACUGGAAGUGGUCUCCCACUUAGGACUGAACUUCUUGAAAUGAUGCUGCUCUUUUAAAGACCCUGUGGUUCUUCUGAUUUCAUUUGGAAUGCUUAGCAGUUCCAUUCUUCAAGUUUGACAGAGGGGAGGGAAACAGCUCUGUAAUAUAUCUUACAACAGAUAAAUAUUGAUAUAUAUUGUUGAUUUCAGCACAGGUUCUUUUACAAUGGCUCUCAGCCUAUGUUAUAGUAAUUCUGUAUUUGUAAUUAACAGAUUUGACAAAGCAGCAGGAGGAGGUAAAUGAGAAACAUUUGGGCAAAAUCUGAAGCCCUUUUCACUUGACAUGCUUCUGUUGUUAAUUGAAUGAUUUCAGUCCUGUGGAACUGUGAGCACCAUAAAUACUCAGUGGGUACAAUCAGGAACACAGUACUAGGCGCCAGCUCUGAUUCUGAGCUCAGCCAGCCUUCCUAGAAGUGGGCACCAAAAGGUCAGAAUUGGAUGUCCCCAUCACAUGCACACUGAUCCAAUGGGAGCGGCGUCUCAAUGGUGAUGUCCCCAUACAGUCACAAUAUGUGCCUGUGCAUGCGCAUUACCAGCACAUGUUAGCAUGUGGGUCUUUCACACCCAAUCGGCACCCUCCCUUCCUACAGGAUAUGAGCCAAGUGGGAGUGAUCCACCAAUCAGGCCUGACCUUGCAGUUAUGAUAUUCACAUACUACAGUGCAUGGAUAAAGCACCUCCCACAUUGCUUGAUGUACCUGUGAAGGGAGCUCCAUUCUCUCCUCUCUGAGUGUAUUUCUAGGGACCAUUGACCACUGAGAAUUGUCAUGUGUCACUGUGAGGCUUCACCUACUGUGUGUUUCCCUUUGUCGUCUGUCCUGCAGUACCUUUAUUCUAAAGAUGCAAUGUGUAUGCAAAAUAUGCCAUGGCGAAAUCAUGUAUAUUUGGAAUAAUAACGAUGUCAUGAAACCACCCUCUUGAGUUUGUGGGCCAUUUCAUAGCCACUUGAUGUACGCAUGUGCCCUUCCCUUCCAAAAGCCAGAGAGCCCCUGGUGGCGCAGUGGUAAAAACUGCCACCCUGUAACCAGAAGGUUACAAGUUCGAUCCUGACCAGGGGCUCAAGGUUGACUCAGCCUUCCAUCCUUCCGAGGUCGGUAAAAUGAGUACCCAGAAUGUUGGGGGGCAAUAUGCUAAAUCAUUGUAAACCGCUUAGAGAGCUUCCAGCUAUAGAGCGGUAUAUAAAUGUAAGUGCUAAAAGGGUGACCCCAUCACAACCUGAUAAGCCAAAGUCUUUGUGUUCAAUAGCCAUGCCCUACAGAAACCAAAGCCAUCAAUCUCCUCGCCCUCCUUUUUGGAAUUUACAUUCAUUUUUGCAGCCACCACUGGAUACAAUGAACAGGCACUUACAUGGGAACAUAGGAAGCUGCCAUAUAGAGUCCAUCUGCCAUUAGUCCAUCUAGCUCAGUAUUGUCUACACAGACUGGCGGCAGCUUCUCAAAGGUGGCAGGCAGGAGUCUUUCUCAGCCCUGUCUUGGAGAUGUCAGGGAGGGAACUUGGAACCUUCUGCAUGCAAGCAUGCAGGUGCUCUUCCCAAAGCAGCCUCAUCCCCUAAGGAGAAUAUCUUGCAGUGCUCACACGUAGUCUCCCAUUCAAAUGCAAACUAGGGUGGACCCUGCUUAACAAAGGGGACAAUCCAUGCUUGCUACCAUAAGACCAGCUCUCCUCUCAAUGCAAACCAUAGAGCUUCAUAGAUUAGUUGUUUGUUCUUACACUGCUUCUUGCAGUCGCCAUACAGUGAGGAUUUAUGGAUGAUGCCGCACUUAUGACGAUCCUGGAACCAGUUCAGCAGACUAUAGGCUCAUUCACAUGGCAGCAUAAGGCUUGCUUACACAACCACUGGCAGGAAAGGAGAGCCUGGCACAAUCCCAAUUUCUGGCUGUGUUCCUGCAAAUAACUUAGGAGGCAGGGAUGGAUAUGAAAAUGAAGACCUAAUAAAAUAUGGCUGUGUUCCAUAAAAUAAAAAAGGGUUGUGUGUCAGGUGUUAGGUGGGUAGGACAGCUUUUCCUCCUCCAGGAAUCUCCUCCAGAUGGAAUCGGGAUAGGGCACAGUUGUCCUACCAAUCUGCUGCCUCCCACAUGAUCCUUCUCCAUGCCUCUUACCUUAAUAUUUGCAAACACAUGAUUCAAAAUCAAAGAGUGCACUAGCCUCUCAUAACUCAUACCCAGGCUGGGCGAUUCUCCAACCCUGCCAGCAGGAUGCAUCUGUGCAGUGAGUGAGCAGCCUAACAGAACUUCCCAAUUAACUGCACAGGUGCACCAGGAAAGGGGCAAUUUUUGAAACCCUCCCCUUCCCUAUGAAGCCCUCUGUGCCCCCUGAAAAUAUGUCCCUGAUGGCUGCACACAACUCUCAGGGACACAUUUUUGAGUGGCACAGAUUGAUUUCUGGGAAAGAGGAGGGCAUCUAAAAUUGUCCUUCUCCAGUGCAUUGGUGCAUCAAUUGGGAAGGUCUGUUAAUAUAAGAACAGCCCUGCUGGCUCAGGCCCAAGGCCCAUGUAGUCCAGCAUCCUGUUUCACACAGUGACCCACCAUAUGCUGCUGGAAGCCUACAGGCAGGAGUUGAGGGCAUGCCCUCUCUGUUAGGCCCCUCUCUCACUGCACCAAUGAAUCCUUGCUAUGUAUGUCAGCCUAUAUUAGCUUUUUGCCAGGUUAAUUGCUAUGCAUUCCCCUGGGAAAUAUAGUUUGGCAGAAAUACUCCUUAUACCUUUUUGCAGCUCUCCUCCAAUUGUACAGUUCAUAGAUAACUGGAGGAAAGAGAAUGACCAUUUUAAACCAGUUUAAGCUUAUGAUGUAGCUACAUCUACAGAGAUUUAUUUCAAUUGACGUUGAGUAAAUUAAAUUGCUUUGCUCGGGAUUAUUAAAAUGCAACAAAGAUGAAGUCAGUGAUUUCUUGGCUAUUGACGUCAAUGGGAGUGUUUUCCAUUAAUACAAAACAAUUUUUUCCCCAAAGAAUCAAACACAGUGAUCCCUCAUUAAAUCGGAUUACUUGAAAAUGGAUUAUCAAAAGUCUAAGUAAACAGGAGUGAUAUGUCCAUAGAGAUACAGUGACCCAGCAAGCAUACCAUAAUGGCAAUCCAAAACUUUGAAUGCCUUCAGUUUGCGCACUGAGCUUUGUAUAAGCGGAAAUUUCUUAAUUUGCUAAACCAUUGAGGAAUGUUCAUCUCCAAGAAUGUGGUUAUGUGCAAAGAACAUUUUCCAACACCAAAGUGAAUGGUGAAUCCUCUGCUUGUAUGGAAGUCAAGACUGGUUGAUACUUGCACAUUCAUCCCUUGAUGACUGCACCAUCAAGUGAUCGCUUUCAUGGUUGAGUGGACCACCACAGGUCAAAUGACACAAGUAGAGCAUCCAUAUUACCUUAAGCACAAUGCUUUUCAACAGAGUCAACUGGGCCAAGUGAUAUACAGGCGUGUGUAAACCAACUGCAUGCGUUUGACAACUAGAGAUGAUGUAUAUGUAUUCGUGUUGAGGAUUACCAUAGUUUCCUUUCUGGAGAAUCAAACAUUAAAACCUUUUUUAAAAAAUAAAAAAUAAAAAGCUUGCUCCUAUGA